UGUUUAGUCUGUUAAAGGCGUUUAUACAAUCGAGAAGUAACUGUAUAUGAUUGUUAGAAUGACGAUACAAAAGCGCACCUUUAUUCUGUUUGUAUAGGAAUGGAAAAAAAAAACUCAGCUGAAUCUAUCAACUACGCACACCCGAUUAACGGAUUUCUCCGUAGUUUACGUUCAAUAUACUCUGCAGCUAAUUUUCUUGUCAAUUUCACAAGGAAGGAUGGAACACAUACCCCGGUUAUCGGAGGCUGUGUAUGUAGGGAUGUUUCGUAUAGCAGGCACGCCCACUCAGGUGUCAAUCAGGAGAGAGAUGCUGAACAAUGUGGAUAGGUUUGGUGUGGCAAGGCGUCCUUAUUUUGGGAUGAAAACAGUUAUGAGUGGAAGUCGAACAGAAGGAUUCGAUCUAAAGGAAUCGGACUGGGACUUUAUGUCCUGGCCUUUUAACCAUAAAUUAAUCAGUAAUUUUAACCAGGUCGUUGAUUACGAUAUCGAUGGGUAUACUUUGAUUUUGAUGGAGAAUUGCGAGGACCGCCCUGGAUUUGUUUUGCUGCAGCUCCUGACGCUCACCAACGACGACCAUGUCCACCAAUCAUGUGUAAUACGUGAUAACAAAUAUUAUAUUAAAAGCUCGAAAUUCAGAGAAAACAUGUUAACACGAAUAAGUUUGCACCCAAUAUUGCACGGACCAUGUGCUAGCGGAACAAUAGGAGAUUUUGAAUUUGACAGUGCGUACUGCUUUCGUUCUGAUUAUUGGCCGCCUAUAGCUGAUCAGUUCAUUGACAGAUGUCGAGCGCGAGGAUGGCCAGCACGUAAUGUUUUAGAAGAUAUUAUCGGCGACGGAUGCCAUGCUGUGCCUAUAGGACUAAAGGGGUCACCACAGGAAGACUCUGAAUGGCGGAUGUCAUUCUCUGCAGCCGAAUUGAAACUUGUGCAUAGUAUGAAUCACACACAGUUUAUAUGCUAUGCGUUGUUGAAAGUAUUUCUGAAAGAGGCAUUGGCUAUUGAAGAUGUUAAUGGGCAACCAUUACUUUGCUCAUAUUUUAUGAAGACGACGUUAUUUUGGGUCAUUCAGAGCAACAGCAAUUUUGAGUGGUCACCACCAAACCUACUGUCGGGAUUCUGGAUGUGUUUCAAAGGUCUAUUAGCAAGCGUUCAGCGGGGUUAUCUUCCCAAUUUCUUCAUUCCAGAAAACAACAUGUUCCGGUCAAAAAUACACGGUCAUUCACAAGAGUUAGUAUGCAGUCGUAUGUAUGAACUCUAUAACAUAGGAAUUGCGUGUUUACUUCAUUGUCCCUCUGUUCGAGAUUUCUUUAUGCAGGCAAUACUUCACAGGGAGUUUGUUGUAAGCACGGCAGAAACAGACAUUGUGUCUACAGUUGAAUUCGAAACGGUCAAGCAAAUAGAUAUGUUGCGUGAAAUUCUUAGAUGCUGUUGCUCUAGCAUGCGGAUUUGUUUUAUGGUCAAUAGAAGUUUCCUUGGAUUUAGCUCUUCAAUUGAUUUGUCAACUUCAGGGCUAGUUUUUGAAGUACUUAGUUCGGAUCUCGUCAGAUAUAUAGCAAAUCACUUAUGGAAAUUUCCAGCCAACAACAGACUCAAAUUAAAACUUUGUAGAUCCUGCGAAGCACUCUUAAAACUUAGAGUUCGUUUUGGGUGUUUAUCCGAGACAGUAUACCUUGCCUUAUUCUAUUGCAUAUCAGGAGAGAAUCAGAAGGCACUUCCAAUUUUAGAGACGUUGAGAAGAGACAUCACACAGCCUUACGUCAUUCAUAAUGACAGGAUGUACGUGCAGACGUUUAUUAGUGGGAUCUUAGGAGGACGAUCAUUCAUGGGCAUAAUGAAAAAAGCAACUUUGACCAUCCACAUUUAUGACGAAGAAAUGAUUAUAAAAGAGCUAGAACCAGAACAAAGGGAAGCAAAGAAAAACCAUCUACAGGUACCUCCAUAUAUCAUGACGCUCAUGCUGUUAAUUGUAUGUAACCAUGGAAACUCACAAAAACAACAGGAAGUUCUUCACGAGUUGUACGACCUCCUACACAGUAACAUCGGACGGUAUGUUCGCAAUCAGUUGAGAGACAUAUCAUGGCAGAUUCUGGGAAUCUGUCAACAGAUCUGUGGGGACCACAAGGGGGCGCUCCUGUCUUAUCAGGAAUCACUCCGACAAGAACCAUUCCAUGAGAUGCAGGAGGCCACUAAAACAAGAAUGCAAGACGCUCGCAGUAGAAUUUAGAGAAUUGGUUUUGAUUGAAAACAUAAAUAGGGGGAAAAGUCGGAACUGUGUUAUUCCAUCACGUGACCCGCGACGAUGACGUCAUUAUCUCCUCAAUACAAGACGGUCGCAGUAGAAGUUAGAGAAUUGGUUUUGAUUGAAAACAUAGAUAGAGGGAAAGGUCGAAACUGAAUCCCACCCCAUAACCUAUGACAAUGAUGAAAAUCAUCAUUUCAUCAUCUGAAUCAAUCUUUACGCAUAAAAUAUUACAAAAGGGCAUUGUGUUGAUUUUUUAAUACACGUUUUGAUACAUACAAAUGUAACUCUAGUAAUCAAUUGUAAUAUAUAUGACGUUGUUAGAUAUGUACAGAUAUAGUAUGCAAUGGAUUGUUAUACGCAUAACGUCCAUGCUAUUUUCAUUGUGUUGUAUUGAUGGGACUCGAUAAAUUAUAGCUAUAAACAUUAUGUUUAUUGUCCGGGGAACACGGGAGAUCAGAUACUGGGUGUCUAAUGGCUAAUAUGAUUUGUGGGAAGGUUUUCUCUAUGAGAAAGUAGUUUGUGUGAUCAGUUGUUUGUUAUUAACGAAGCUCUGAAGUGUAUUGUUACAUAACUAAAUAAACGUAUCGUUA